GGAUUGAGGUUAUGUUUAUGUGUGCAUGUACUUCCAAUUUUCACAAGUCGAUUUUAUUUUAUUUUCCGUAUUUAUAAGUAGUUCCUUUUAAUCUAAUUCUUCUCUAGUAGUUUUCAAUUUUACCGUUAACAGCUUUAAGUGCAUAUAAAAUGCUGUCAUCAACAUUGCUGCAGAGGAAAAUUAUUUCUUGCGGUGUUUCAUAGUGCUAUGAGUCUCUCCUGUGGGAGGAAAAGUACAAUUUUACCACGUUAGACCAUGUUAUUUAGGCAAAUUUUCAAAGCUUACAAUGUCUCUUGGUCCAUGUAUAAAACACCUACAAUCUACCUUGCUUUCCGAUAUGCAGCUACUAAAUCCAAAUUUGAUAUCAAACAUAUCCGCAACAUUGGAGUGCUGGCGCACAUUGAUGCAGGUAAAACUACUACCACUGAGAGAAUGCUGUUUUACUCAGGAAAGAUUCGCGCCAUGGGUGAGGUACACCACGGUAACACAGUCACAGACUAUCUGGAGCAAGAACGUAAAAGAGGAAUCACAAUUACAUCAGCUGCUGUCACAUUUCCAUGGUCCGAUCACCAAAUUAACUUGGUUGACACCCCUGGUCACAUCGACUUUACAACAGAAGUCGAGCAGUCUUUGGCAGUAAUGGAUGGAGGGGUGGUUGUCCUUGACUCAUCUUCAGGAGUUGAAGCGCAAACUUUGACAGUAUGGCGGCAGGCGCAGAAUUACAAAAUUCCAUGCAUCGUUUUCGCGAAUAAAAUGGAUAGAGCAGAUGCAAAUCUGAAACUAUGCCUGCAAGGUCUCAUACAAAAAUUAGAGGUUACCCCUUUACUACUUCAAAUUCCUGUCAGAGUUAAGGACAAAUUAUCAGGAUUGAUUGACAUAAUUGACAUGAAGGAAUUCAAGUUCAUUGGUGAGCAAGGAGAGGACGUCAUGGAGAAACAACUGACUGAGGUAGACGGAGUAGCAUGGGAAAGCGCGAAAGAAGCUCGUAACCGUUUAACCAGCGCCCUCGCUGAUAUUGAUGAUAACAUUGCUGAUUUUGUAAUCACCUCAGACUCGUUGGAUGGCAUCUCAAGCAAGGAGUUGACUGAAGCUGUACGCAGAGUCACUAUUCAGCGGAAAGCCGUUCCUGUUUUGUGUGGAAGUGCAUACAAAAAUGUAGGUGUUCAGAAAUUGAUGGAUGCUGUUGUGCAGUACCUCCCAUCCCCUCUAGAUCGACACGAUGCAGAUAUUCUGAAUCUCUUCGGUCACAACUUGUACGCCCGUGUUUUCAAAAUCAUGCACGAUAAAAUGAAAGGACCCAUAACUUUUUUUAGGAUCUACAGUGGCAAACUAGAAAAGAACCAGAAGAUUUUCAAUCUUCGUGCUGAAUCUAGCGAACAAAUAAAGAAUGUGAUGAUAGCUUACGCUGAUGAUUAUGAAGAAGUCAAUACUGUUACGGCUGGCAAUGUUGCAGCAGUGACUGGUUUGAAGGAUACAAAAAGUGGUGAUUACAUAAGUUCUAGUCAGAAUUGCGUCCGAGACUUGAGCGCAACCCUAGCAAAGAAGAAGAAAAUUUCUGAAAAAGAAGCGUACCAGUUAUUGGGAGGAGAUGUCAUCAUUCCUGAUCCUGUGUUCUUCUGCACGAUCGAAGCACCCUCGUUAUCGGUACAAAAUGCAUUCGAACUAGCCUUAGAAAAUCUCAAGAGGGAAGACCCAGGUUUGAGAGUCACUACUGAUCCAGACACUGGUCAAACGAUACUUGGAGGAAUGGGCGAAUUACACUUGGAAAUCGUCAAAGAUAGAAUUAGAAGUGAUUAUAAAAUUGAAGCAGAUGUGGGUCCAUUGCAGAUUGCUUAUAGAGAAUCCGUUGUCGGAAGAGCUAAAAUCACUCAUGAGUCAAAAGUUGCCGUAGGAAAGUACGCUAACAAUGUUUCAGUUACACUGUCUGUCGAGCCAGCACCACCGGAUAACAAAGAUCUUCUGAAACUAGAUCGAAGCAGUCAAGAAUUAGCUUCUAAAAUGAGCACCCUCACACAACAACAUUUAAAAGCAAUGAAGAGAGGAAUCGAGUCAUCCAUGUUUCACGGGCCAAAAGUUGGAUGUCCUGUCAUGAACGCUAAGUUCACGUUGAAUUGGUUUGAAACUCAUAGGAGCACUCCUGAGUCAGUCGUAGCAUCUGCAACAGCUCAGUGUGUUCAAAAAGUAUUAGCUGAGGCAGGCACAUCUUUACUGGAACCAAUCAUGACCGUUGAAGUGAUGGCUCCGAAUACUAUAUCACCAAAAGUAAUGGCUGAGUUGUCAAAGCGGCGAGGACAGAUCCUCAAUAUCUCUGAAAGGAAAGGAACUAUGACGAUAACAGCUAAUGUCGCUUUGUCGCAGCUUCUUGGUUUCUCCCGAGAAUUGCGCAUAAGUACGUCCGGCACAGCAUCGUUCACCAUGGAAUUUUUGGCUUUCCUACCGGUAGAUCCCACGUUAGAGGGUGAAGCGAUUAAAAACAUCACCGGUUUUUAUCCUUGAGACUGUUUUUUAUAAAAUGACACCUAUCAAUUUGGCAUGCUAAGGCGAUGCCUAUGAAUUUUGUUUGCAACAAUCGGCAGUAACUUCAGACGUUUUGAAUGGUUGCAUGGAAGUGAAGGAGAACCGAUUCAUGUAAAUGGAUUUGGUGAAUCAUUCACAAAAUUCAUUGUUAAGAAAGCUCUCUUGCAGAGCAGAACUGAAAAGCCGCUAAUUCUUUAAUUUUUAUUCAGAAAACCUUCAAUAACUACGAACUAGGGUAAGCUGUACCUAAUUAUAUUCUAUUGGCUACAUUCCUCCUUCUCAAAUUCUUGAUUUUUUUCGUCUCGAAAAAGGUGAGUUUUUUGUUGGUUUGGUGGAAAUUCCAGUAUUAAUUAGCAUACUUUUUGUAUUUUUUUUUAAAACCACCAUAUCUCCGUGCGUCCAACUUUGCUGUCAGCACAAUAUUGACUGGAGGUUGAGGAAAAUUCGGGAAGAGCCUGAAAGGCAAUGCGGCAAUUUGAAAAAUAAGAGAAUGGGUCCGGAUGAGGAAUCGUUCAUGGUUCGUCUGCCCUGAUUUGUGUGCUCCAGGUUGCUGCCAAUGGUACCUUAACAUGUUUUCUUUCUAUACAAUUUAGAUUGUAUCAAAUAAAUAAAUGGCUUCUAGUGCUGAUCGCAAACCUCUCUGCUUCCCUCUUCAGACCCAUUUUUUUAAUAUUUGGUAGACCUUACAAAGUUUCUGCUGAGAUUCGUCAUAACAGACUAACAGAUGUAAAAUUUAAAGAGAGUAAUUAUGAUAGGGAGAAAAUAUAUAAGCCCAUGUUUGUAUUUCCCCUUUUUUUAUACUUGCGCAUAUCUUGUUUCAUUUUUGUUGAAUAAAAGUUUUUAUUAAACGUUA